AUGAAUCCCUCCAGGGCUGCAACGCCCAGUGCGAAUGGCACGCCAAACGCGCAAGCCUCGUUCUUGUCAGAUAGCCAAGCUAGCUGCAGCCCAUCCUCAGCGACCACCAGCAAGAGUGAAGCCUGUAACGGACGCCUGCUCAGAGAUGGGGACGGUAAUUGUCGCCUGAUCUCUGCUACCUUCUGGGCCCGCCUUCCUCGAGAGGUCGAAGACCUUGGUCAAGUCCUGGCCGACGGUCUCCGAAACGAUCAGGGUCAGCACAUAUCCACCUUCAGCUCCGACCGAGUGAUACGCGACCAGAUAAGAUGUUCGUCUGAGUGGAAGCCGUUACUUCAACCCACCAGAAGUGGUUUGCGCAGGUUAUGGAGCAUCUAUCUCGAAAACGUCGACCCCAUCAUAAGAGUAAUUCAUAGACCGACUGUGAAACGGGUCGUUGAUCAAGCGGUUUUCGAUGGCGGCGUCACUGGCAAAGGAUGGAACGCGCUUGUACUCGCAAUCAGUUUUGCCGCUGUCGCCAGUCUCGAACCAAAGGAUAUACCAGCGGUGGUAGGGGAUGAUACCGAGGCACUCUACACAUCUUACAAGGCCGCCACGGAGCAGGCCCUCAAAGAGGCCAACUUCAUCGAAACGCAUGACCUACGAGUCCUGCAGGCGUUUGUCAUUCUACUAAGUUGCGUAAGAAGGCAGAAUACCCGGGCCGUCCUCACACUUACAGGUCUUGCUCUCAGUAUUGCCAGAGCCAUGGGACUACAUAGAGACGGCAGCCACUUCAAAUUCUCCCCGUUCGAGACCGAGAUGCGACGCCGAAUCUGGUGGCAGAUUUGUAUGCUUGACUAUCGGGCCUCUGAGGACCACGGAUGCGACGCCAGUAUCUUCCCCGUGUCCUUUGAUACAGAACUACCGCUGAACGUCAACGACGCCGACAUACAUCCCGACAGCUCAGAAAUACUUUCAAAAGCCGGCUGCAGCGAAAUGACGUUUGCGCUGAUUCGUUUCGAGAGCUGGAUGACUCAUACUGCCUUGACUUCUUCGACUGACAUGCCUAGACUCUCAAGGAUGGUGGAGAGCGAAGACAAAGACAUGAUUCUCCAAACCUUUGAAAAGACUUUACGGGACCGAUAUCUGAAUGCUUGUGAGCGUGAGCUAUCCGAACCCCUGAAUCGAUUGUGCUCCAUGGUCGGAAACGUCCUUACGGCGAAACUGAGGAUCGUUGCCAAUCACCCGACACAGUACACGGCUAUGGCGCAGGACUCGACCGUUGUAUGCGCCGAGCAAAAGGCGCAGUUUGUCAACGCGCUCGAUAUUCUCGCUCUCCAUGAAGAGGUGAAGCUCGAUCCCGGGUUAACCUGCUGGCAGUGGUACUUUUCCGUUCACAAGCAGUGGCACGUCACUGUGCUGAUCCUACGGACCCUGUGCUUCUGGACAGAGGGUGACGAGGCCGAGAGAGCAUGGGAUAUCAUCGACCGCCAUUUCUCUUCACAGACAGACCCAAAGUCAGCUAAUAUGUGGAAACCACUAUGGCGCUUGAAAGAGUACGCGGCCAAGGUCCGGGCAGAGCGUAAAGGUGAGUGGUCGAAGAGCCCAGGAGUCCUCGAUGAUAUUCUUGACCUCGACCUUUAUAUGGGCUCAUGGGACCCUUCUUCAGAGGCAGAUGAUACAUGGCACGAUAGCGGAUCUCUAGAGACUUGGUUCUCUAGUACUUGA